AUGCCAGGCCGCCAAGCCCACGGCCGCCCCCUCCUCCCGACCCCCUCCUCCUCCUCCGCCUCAGGCGGCCGCCACCCGCCCGGCAAAUCGCACGCGCGGACGCUCAAGAAAGAUGAGGGGGAUGGCGGGUUUGCUGGGUUCUCCUCUGACGAUGAAGGUGGAAAUGGGGACGGUGGAGGGAGUGAGAGUGAGGAGUGGCAUGUGGGUGUGGGUGGGGAGGAUGAGGACUCGGAGCUGGAUUCGGACGAGGCGUUUGGCGAGAGCGAUGAAGAACGGUUUGAGGGGUUUGCGUUUGGGGGGAGUAGCUCGAAGGGGAAAAAGAAAUCCAAACGGAGGAGGGGAGGGGAUGAGGGAGAUGAGGGACAAGAAGAACAAGAGGAGGAAGAGGACCUUGAGUCGCUCGGCUCGGACGCCAUUGAUCUGGCGACUGCGCUAGACCAGUUUUCUGAGGAGGAGGAGGACGGCGAGGGCCAGGAGGAAGAGUCGGGGUCCGAAGAGGAGGAGGAAGAGUCCACUGACGCGGACGACGAGAGCGAGGACGAUGAGGAUGGCGAGGCUGACGAGUCGAAGCUGGAUGCUCUGCAAAGCAUGAUCGCUGGGUUUGCUGGCGAAGAUGAGGAGGCUGAUAAGGAGCAAGAGGCAGGGCAAAACAAGACCAAGCUCAGUCUGAAGGACCUUGGCUUGGCGGGCGUCAAGGAUCCGCACAUCAAGCGGUCGCUCCGUCUCAUGAACAAGGAAGAGAAGGCGGUCAAGCCGGGCUCCUCCAAGAAGCUUGAUGUCCCCCUGCCCAAGCGCCAGCAGGAUCGUCUGCUCCGCAGUGCGGCCUACGAGAAAACCAACGAGACGCUCGACAGGUGGAUCGAGACGGUCAAGCACAACCGGCGGGCCGAUCAUCUGGUCUUCCCUCUCGCCCAAAAUGCCCACGACCGUGGCCUCGACAGCGGAGAGCUCAUGCCCAUCACCAAUAAGACCGCCGGAACCGAGUUGGAGCAAACCAUCCUGGCAAUCAUGGAGGAGAGCGGGCUAGGCCCCAGCGCCAAACCUGAAAAGAAGGAAGCUGCAGACGGCGCGGGCCAGUCCGGCUUGUCGCAAGCUGAAUUGAAAGAGAUCCAACGGCAGCGGCGGCGCGAGCGGGAAUUAUACUCGCGGGAGAUGGCCAGGGCGAAGCGCAUCAAGAAGAUCAAGAGCAAGACCUACCGCCGGAUCCAUCGCAAAGAACUUCUCCGCCAGGAGCAGGCUGAACGCGAGGAGGCGCUUGCGGCCGGCGAGCUGGAUUCUGAGGAUGAGCGCGAAGCCUUGGACCGGAGACGGGCGCUGGAGCGCGUCGGAACGCGCCACAAGGAGAGCAAGUGGGCCAAGCUCGGCAAGAAAGCCGGCCGCGCCGUCUGGGACGAGGAUUUCCGCGCUGGCCUCGCCGAGAUGGCGCGGAGAAAGGAAGAUCUGCGCCGUCGCGUCGAGGGCCGAGCUGGCGGGUCAGACGAUGAGGAUGAUGGCUCUGACGUCUCGGAGGCCUCAGAAGCUGGUGACGAUCGGCGUCGUCUGCUGGCGGAGCUGGAGCGCGCGGCUGCUUACGGAGACGGCGAAGAGCCUCCGUCGAAGCUCAUGCAGAUGAAGUUCAUGCAGCGCGCGGAGGAGCAGCGCAAGAAGGAAAACGAAGAAGCUAUCGCUGAGCUCCGUCGCCAGCUAGACUCGGACUACGAAGGAGCUUCCGAGCCGGAUGAGGUGGAAGUUGGCCGCCGGCAGUUUGGCAUGGGCAACUCUGCAACCACCACCAAGGCAAGCACGGCCGCCAGCAAGAAGGCCAAAGCUGCUGAGGAAUAUGGGGCGGACAACUCGGCUGGGGCCGGCAUCCGUUCAGGGGCAUCACAAUCUCAGCCCGAGACGCAGGCCGCACCGCAACCCUCGGCUUCUGGCAUCGCUGGCGCGUGGACUACGGCCGAGCCCGCAGCAUCAGCCCCGGGCACUGCUGGAGUCUGGUCCCAGGGCGAGUCGUCCAGCAGCAAGAGCAAGAAGGGGAGCAAACCGAGGACCGUGGAGGUAGACCUAUCCAACACCGCGACGCUGGAGAUCAAAGCAGCCAAGCCCAAGUCCAAGCCGGAAGGGAACGGAGUGGUUCCUGCGGAUGGGGCGAACGAGUCGGACGACGAGGCUGCGCUCCACCUCCCCAUGGCAAUCCGCGACCAGAAGCUGAUCGAGCGGGCGUUCGCCGGCGAGGACGUGCACGGCCAGUUCGAGAAGGAGAAGGCCGCGAUCGAGCAAGAGGACGACGAGAAGGAGGUGGAUAACACCCUCCCCGGCUGGGGCAGCUGGGUCGGCGAAGGUGUGAGCAACCGCGAGAAGAAGCGGCACCAGGGCCGGUUCGUCACCAAGGUCGAGGGCGUCAAGAAGAAGGACCGCAAGGACUUUAGGUUGAAGGACGUCAUCAUCAACGAGAAGCGCAUCAAAAAGCUGCCGCAUCCUUUCGAGUCGCAGCAGCAGUACGAGCGCUCGUUGCGGCUGCCGGUCGGCCCCGAGUGGAUGACCAAGGAGACGUUCCAGGAGGCGACGAAGCCUCGGGUGAUCGUCAAGCAGGGCCUUAUUGCGCCCAUGUCGAAGCCGAUGUACUAG